CAAGAAGGAAGACAAAGGCACAACCUGACGUUCAGGUUUCUGACAAGAGCCAGCAGAGCCUGAACCUCCAGCAGAGCCCGAGGAGCCUUCAACCCACAGAGCCCCAGGGUUUAAAAAAAAAAUCCAACAACUUCUCAACCUGAAAAAAACCCCAAAAACGAAACAACCAGGACAUCCGACCGAAGAACGAAAAGAGAAGCCUGGCAGCAUGUUUUCAGCGACAAACUCCUCCAAAGUGACGGCCGCCUGUGUCGUGGCAAUAAUGAUGAUGAUGAUGAUCACAGAGGCUGCGGCCAUGCCGAAAACAGGAAGGACACACAAGCAUGGUGCCACGCUAGAAACAGUCUCCCUGCAGCUGGACGCCAAAACUCUGGCCACCCACAGACACACCAGGCUGCUGAACAACGCCUCCAUCUCGCCGUGGACGUACAACGUCACCACUGACGACACUCUGUUCCCUCCCUUCCUGUCGGAGGCUCACUGCCUGCUGCAAGGCUGCCUGAACUCACAGGGCCAGGAGGACCGGAACCUGGAGUCCAGACCCAUCAUGCACCAGGUGCUGCUGCUGCGGCGCAUCAGGCCAGAAGGGUCAGCAGACUACCACUACCGCCUGGAGUCCCGCCUCAUCUCAGUGGGCUGCACCUGUGUCAAGCCUGUGGUCCGAAUCCAGCAGUGAGGAGCAGCAAAACAGGCUCGCGUACGGAAGACCGGGAAUGUCGAGAGAAAACGAAUCCAUCAAGGAUUUCAUGAGAAAUGAUUUUCUCAUCCAACAUGAAAUUGGGGUCCAUACAUGUAAAAUACAGAAUUACCUGCAUGUAAAUAAGAAAAUCCGACAAAAGCGACAAAAAUCUAAUAAUAUCUAAUUUAAAUAUAAUUUAAAGCUGUCAGAGUACGUUUAUUUAAAUGAAUGAGAGCUGAUGACCGACAGACUGACUUCAGUCUGCUGUUUCAUCUCAGUGACUUAGUGAAAUGCUGCUUAGCGUUAAACCUGCCAUCGUUUUGUUUUAUGUAUAUUUCCAGCGAUUAUUAUUAUUAUUAUCAUUACUGUUAUUAUUAUUAUUAAACAGCUCACAUUUACUCCAGAAAUAGAAAAUGGGAGAAACUACACAACCAAACGCACACUGUAGCUGAGAUUUAAAAGCAGAGAUUUAUUUCAUAUUCUUUCUGUUAUUUAUGGUUUAAAGUAAUUUAAUUUUGUUUUAUUUAAGUAUUUUGUGCUCUUCGGUAGAUA